AAAAAAGUAUUGAAAGUUUGCCCCCCCCCAUCCGAUUAAUCGAAAAAUAAUCAGCCAACUAAUCCAUUAUGAAAACAAUCGUUAGUUGCAUCCCUAAAUGUAUGUAAUGUAUGUAAUAGAGAUGUAAUAUUGCGCCACACAAUAAUAGUAAUUUGGUAGAUAGUAUUGUUUUGCAAAGGACAUAUUAAAUGCUAGUUUACUCCUAAGCCAUUUCAGUUGUACAGUAAGUCACCAACAUCACAUUGCAUCACUUAAAAUGUUGAAUUGAAUGAAAGUGCUCUCAUUAACUGGCCGUGUGGUGCAGAAUUUUUUUUCAGUGUAACAUCAGUGCACAUUUAUUUAUUUAUUUAUGAAUUUUUUUUUAAAGAGUUAUUGCUUACCCUCAUGGCACAGCCACCUGUCUAGAUUUUUUCAGGCACAUUUGUAAAGGAUCUGCUGUGUGCUGGCUUUUAAUCACAUAAGCAACACCAGCAGCAGUGCAGAUCGGAUUGAGCUCCGACAAAGUUGGCUUUUUGUAUAAAAGCAAAAUGAUUGGCGGCAAAAAACUGCGACAUUGACUUAACUAUAUCAUGAUAAAAUGUCUUGCUGGCUGUUAACGUGCCCUUGAUCCCAAUUACACAAUCUACCUAGUUUAAUGAGAAAUAAUCUCAUUAAAAGGGAAGGCUGAAUUAAGCUGCGUGAUGGAUGAGAUCCUAUAUGACGAUGACAUAUGGUGUCUGAAAUAUGAUUCGCAAUGUAUUAAAACACACCGAUGAACCCUGGGUGUGACGUGUAUUAAAACUGGCUUAUAUAUUUUUUUUUCUGACCAGAAUUGUUAACAUUUAUUCAUGGAGUGAAUUACAGAGGAAGCGUUGAGUAGACACUACCUAAUUCAGUAGCAGUAGCGACAUGCAUUAUAUAGGGGAACGAUGACCCUCUGAAUGUCACUAUAUAAUUUGCUCUCUUUAUUUAUUGAAACAUGAAUGCUGUGAUUGAUCAAACCAGCUUCAAGGCCACUCAUCAGUAACUCAUCACAGCAGCGAAGGAUUAUUUGUUAAAGGGCUAAUUGGCAUAUUGUAGCCUUUUGCAGGAUCGAUCAACGAUGAGUGUCAUGCGCAAACGAUAUGUUUUAUCGGCGGUGUCUAGAGAAGAAUUUGUUUCAUUAAGCUGGCUUUCGACGGUACAAUUUUGGGAUUGAUUUUGCCGUCAUAGACAAAAAAUCGCACGUCGUCGAGGAAUUAUUCGGUUGCGACUUGUGAGUAGGGCUGGGCGAUAUGACAAAAAUAUCAUAUCGUGAUACUUGAGGACAUUUCUACAAUGUCUGCAAAAUAGUAUUAAAAUAAACAAAACAAAAAAAACAUUACACUGACUUUGAUGAUAAUUUUCUUUAAUGCCUACAACAUUUAAAACAUUAAAUUCGUCAAAUUAGCGCAUCUGUUCGGUAUUGUUUCAUUUGUAAUUAUUGUAAACGUUAAAAAAAACAAAAAACAUCACCAUUCUAACGAUAUCUCAGAAAAGUGUAUUGUGUAAUUAUUUAUCACUGUAUCCAUAUUAUACCGAUAUAUCACCCGGCCCUAGUUCUUAGAAAACGUAAUGUGAUGUGUUUGCCGGCAGCCAUUUUAAUGCCAUUUCCAACCAAAGAUGGCCGACGAAACAGCUCUGGCAGUAUCAGAAAUUUUGGAUUCAAAUCUCAGAAUGUGACCACUGUGAUGACAAAUUGGCACUUGCUCGUCAGCGGACAAAUCCGGUAGUCCCAAUCUCAAAAUGUAUACGAAAAAUGCUGAAGGACAAAAAUAUCCUUAUGACCUCCAGCUCACUUUGAAGAAUGUUUCUGUUUGUACGACUCCAUUUUCUUCAUGCGACCAGAUUCCUUCCAUCCAUCCAUCUUCUAUACCGCUUAAUCCUUUUCAGGGUCACGGGGAAACCUGGAGCCUAUCCCAGGGAGAAUCGGGCACAAGGCGGGGUACACCCUGGACAGGGUGCCAAUCCAUUGCAGGGCACACAAACACAUACACACACCCAUUUAUACACUACGGACACUUUAGACAUGCCAAUCAGCCUACAAUGCAUGUCUUUGGACUGGGGGAGGAAAUCUGAGUACCCCGACGAAACCCCCACAGCACGAGGAGAACAUGCAAACUCCGCACAUACUCGGGCCACGGUGGGAAUCGAGCCCCCGCCCCUGGAGGUGUGAGGCAAACGUGCUAACCACUAAGCCACCGUGCGCCACAAGACUUAGAGGUAGAGACUUUGAAGAUACUUGGAGGAUCUUCGUCAUAUUAUACACAGGGUCUUGGAGUAUCCCCUUGUCCUGCAUAUUUUAGCUUUUCUUGCUUUAACUCAAAUUGAUUUAAACUCAUCAGCUAAUAUACAGCCUUCUUUGAGUUGCAGUGGGUGUGUUCAAGCAGGGAAAUCAACCUUGCUGAAAAAAACAAACAAACAAUGGAAACAUCACAGAAAUUCUAAUGGUUUCCACUAUAAAUACCAUUACAGACCAUCAGCUGUUAACCAUUAAAACCAUAAUAGGUCCUUAAUGAUAUUCAUUAGACAUAACAUGCCACAAAUAUAGUGCAACUAAUUACCAGUAGAGACCCAUAGGGACAGUUUCCAUUAAAACCAAUACAAUUCCCAUUAUAACCAUUAAAACCUUUACAAAUUCUAUGAGGGUUUCUAUUGUUCGUUUGUUUGGUUUUUUUCAGCAGGGAACAAAAUGUGCAGAACAGGGGGUACUCCAGGACCCGGGCUGGGAACCUGUUCAGUCCAUACAGGAAUUCACAGAGCUUUUUUUUUGGUAAUUAUUGUUGCGGCCAAAUAUUGAUGCUUGAUUUUGCUGCUGCUUUAAAAUGUAUUUAUUUAUUUUAGCAGAAAACUACUUGAAAUUGAUAAUUGUUUUGCACAGUCUUUGUUUGUUGGUAAAUGAGACUUUUUAGCUGUGCUCAUGUUCGACACACGCGAAUCGACGAGGGUUUUCGACCAAACGUGCAUUGUGAUGACAUCGCAUGACGCGUCUCGGGCCAAAUCUGCUGAACAUUUGCGGUAAUAUUGAAAAAAUCGCAAGCUCCUCUGAAUAUCGUGGAGUUUCCUUGAUUUUUGCGUACAGAUUCCUGCGAUUGCUAGAUCGCUAAAUCCCGGAGGGACCGCGCCUGUUGUAUAACCCGACAUGGAUCAUACUGUAGAAUUCAGUCUGAUCUAGAAUUCGGACAAGAUUGUAUCCAGAUCAGAUCAUGUAGCGUGUAAUCUGAAAAGACCACUGCAGAACCUCUCCCUCGCUCAUAGUCUGUCUGGAUCAAACUAUUAAAGCCGGGUGCACACCGUGCAAUUUUUUUAAUAGUCCUUUGCGACUGUUGCUUGUCAGACUGUACGAACACGAUCCCACUUCACACUGUAGGAGCUCAGCUGUCAUCAAUGUCAGACAAGACGUGAUGCAAGAAGAUGCUUCCGGAGUCGGAGACGCCACACUACAGGACUGCGCUUCAUAUUUUCUGACACCGCCAGAAUUUAAUCGGAGUUAAAAUCUGAUAGCAUCGGCUAUCGGGGAAAACUAGCGAUCAAAGACUACGAAUUUUGGACUAGGAUUAUACGAAUCUUUUCGGAUUCUCCAAAUUUGUCCCAAAUCGUACAGCGUGAACCCGACUUAAGUUAACAUCUGAAAACUUUUCAUCAUGACUUGCUUGGUGCUCCUGUUUCUGGAGCUCAACCCUUCCUUUAGAAUCAGGAUAAUCAAGCAGGUUCAUUGCUGUAGUAUGUGAAGCAGUUGGAAGUUUAGUGCUCCAGGAACAGGUUUGGUGAUCACUUUGGCUCGUCCUAGUGCUUCAGGAGAGCUCAGGGUGAGGUUUUUAUUUUAUUUAUUUAUUUAUUUAUUUUUUUGAAGUAGCAGCUCGUUACGUAACAGCCGUGGCCCUUUGAUUACGUAGAAACUCCGAGCAGCUGAUGAUCUAAUGGAUGUUCAAACGGUUUUGAGGAGACUGUUGUGUCGUGCUCUCUGUAAGUCUGGAAGCGACGCGUGGUCCCGGCGCGACAGCAGCGCAUGAAUAUUACCGUGCGCGUGCUACUUCGGAAGUAGGUCACCGCUUCAACCGUGUCUCUCAACUGCUGCUGCUGCUGCUCCUCUCUCCGCGUUCCGCUUCCCUGCUCCACACCGAGCCCGCUUCCAAUACCCACAACCCGGGAAUCUCACCGGAAUCUCACGCUCCUUUAGAUUUCAUAUAUAUAUAUAUACAUAUAUAUAUUUUCACUCGGCUGACAGAGUGGACUCUGAGGAUCUGCAUGGACGAUUGUAAUGACACAUGCACGGCAGAGGAACUCUUUAUGUAGAUAUCGAAGUGAAUCCAAGGAGCAGGUGAGCUGCCAGAUACAUGCUGAAACCAUGGGCAGAACCUGGCCAGAGUGCCCAAUGCUAGAAAAGAAGACUAAAAGGCAUUCCUAUAAAAGAGGAAGAGAUAAGGAACUAAAGCAGCAAAGCGCAGAUAGUGACCGGAAGCUUUAUCCCCUCAGAGGACGGCAGGGAAUGAGUGACGUGGGUUCCUUAAAGUGCUGUGUUCUACUGACUCGCUUAGAAGAAGGAGGAACUGGCAAGGGCAGCAUGAGAGCUGUGGCUAAGAACAAAAGGAAAAGAAAUAUGAAGGCAAAGAAGGGAAGGUCCAAAUCCUGCAAGUGUCGGAAGAAGGGCUGCAAAGUAUGCCAGCCUACGCCUGGACCAAAAAGCAACCCCAAGCCUGACAAAACUGCCUUAUACUUGGAACUUCUAGAACCUCGAAAGCGACGGUUGGCCUCUCUUAAUGCGGAGGCAGUCAAUAGUCUGUUGUUGUUUAGAGAGGACUCUCAAAUGUCCAGAAAACAGCAGAAUUCUCAAAAGGCUGAUGGUGAACUCCCAAAAGGAGAAACGGACGGUUCAAAGAAAGGACUAGAAGGCCAAAAACGCGCACAUACAGGAGAACGAGAAGAGAGUACAAAUCCUAAAAAAACCAAGAAGGCAAAGACAGAGACUGAACACCUGGACCAGCUGAAUCUAAACAGUCCAACGCCAAGGCGUCUAGCAGGUUUAAAUGCGGCUGCUCUUCUGAAGCUAACUAGCACCUCAUCUGGCGCUAAACGGCGAGCUAAAACGGACACCAAGCCAGGCAGCGGAGGAGCACGAACAAAACAACUGCAGGGAAAGAUGAAAAAACAACACAGCCCACUAUGCCUGUCCAAGCUGCCAGUAUCUCAACAGUGCUGCAAUCUCUGCAAGAAGGAGGCUCUCAAGACUGACACUUUGUGGGAAGGCACUUCUGGGGGCCAUGACUUCAUCAAACCUGGAUACCAAUGCAGGUCCAUGCUGAGCUACUCACUGAAGCCUGUGAAAGAGGAGAAAACUGAGACUGAUGUCAAUUCAUGUUACUGCUGUUCCCAGGAGAGAUCUGUGGAAUAUUGUCACCGACUAGCCCUGUUCCUUGGGCAGAAGGCGUAUCCUGAAUCAGAACAGCAUUCGUUGCCAUCUGUAAAAGGAUUCCUUCCUUCCCCUCACACACUAACCCACCCAGCUUUGACGCUAGGUGCUCAUUCUUACCCAUGCUACCCUGGUUACUAUGUCCACAUUGCCCACCAUGGGACAUCCUCACUCCCUGUAAGUACAAGUCCUGGACCCCAUGCACCACCUUCUGUACCUCCUAUUACACUGUGUCCCACCGGGGUCCAGAGACCCAAACUACUGCCCUCUCCAGUGUCUCACCCUUCAGGAAUUCCUCAUCCAGUGUACUGCAGCUCCGUGGGGACAUGUUAUGGAGAACCAUGUAGGAUCAGCGGCUGUGCCUACAGACACACUCAGCCCAUCGCUAACAGGGGCUGUUCAUUCAGUGCCGGGUGCUCCAGCUGCAGCCACAAAAUCAAGAUGGAGGACUACCCCUACCCACUGGACAAGCACAGCCCUUCUAUCUCCAUGCCCCCCACCUUGCCCCUGUCUGUCUGCCCCAUCCCCAGCGUGCCUGCUGCCACCCAGCCCAUGCCCCACCUGCAGUCUCCUCUGCCGGACGCUGGGCGUCCUCAGGUCCAGUUACACGUAGGCCGAGAGUGCCCUCAGAGUGCCAAGCCACCCAGCAGCUCGCGCUCUGCGAUACGGGACACAGCUGUCUGCCCCCAUGUGAAGGAAGGCCAGCUGGGAGCCAGCCACGGCAGCCAAAGCACCAAACAGGCCAAGAUCAGUCGGCGGCGGGCCACCAACGGCUGGCUGCCUGUGGGCACAGCCGCUGAAAAGGAGGUAUUCAUAGUGGGUGAGGAGUCGCCAGCACUGCGCAGGUGCUAUGAAGGAGUGCAGAGAGACGGAGAAGUAAUCAGGGUGCGAGACACUGUGCUGCUGCGUUCUGGCCCCCGGAAGAAAUCCCUCCCCUAUGUGGCUAAAGUAUCUGCCUUCUGGGAGGACCCUGAGUCAGGGGAGCUGAUGAUGAGCUUGUUUUGGUACUACCGUCCAGAGCACACUCAGGGGGGCCGCAAUCCCAGCAUGCACUGUGAGAACGAGAUUUUUGCUUCCCGGCACCAGGACGAGAACAGUGUCGCGUGCAUUGAGGAUAAGUGCUACGUCUUGACAUUAGCACAAUAUUGCAGAUUUUGUGCCUUGGUGAAGCGUCGCGAGGAGGGUCGUCCCAAAAGUGCCCCCCUGGUCCCUCCGGCUCGUGACUACACCAUCCCAGCUCAUCGCAGCGUUCCCGCUGAUAUCGACCCUGACCUGGUGUUUGUCUGUCGCCAUGUUUACGAUUUCCGCUACGGCCGCCUUCUCAAGAACCUGCAGUAGCGGUAGUAGUAAAAACGUUUGCUAUGAUGGAGCCAUACACUGAAAACCAGAGUCCAUAAGGUGAAGACACAAUCAAUAUCCUAAUCAAAGGAAUUCCUGAAAGGCCACAGGACUGUCAAAACUGAAGCUGUGCUUUCCAGACUCCAUACUUGUACAAGCUGAAACUAUUUUAGUUUGGUGAUUUAGCGUAAUGCUGUUUUGAGCACAACUUGGGACCGAUCUGAUGGCCAAUAUGUGAUCUGUAACCCCAUCAAACUGCUUAUAUAUAUAUGGCUUGUCAAUAGUUCUAUUUUAUAGUCGCUGCAUUUGUGUGCGGAAGAAAAACUAUCAAAGCUGUAGGUACAUUAGGGGUACCUUAAAUUAUGAAUUAGACUAUAAAUGUGCCCAUAUUGGCUGUAGAGUUAUUUAUUUAUAGAUAUAUGGUGGAAAUAUUUAUUUUUAGAGCAAUUAAAAAUGAGUUCCCUAGUUAAGUAGACAAGACCAAGAGUACUUGCUCUUCCCCAAAUCAACUCUUAAUCAAUCAUAUACCAAUUUGUCGUACCAUGCAGGACCAUAGAUGUAUUCUGGUGGACUAAAUACCCCAGAGUUCCUCAUCUAGCAGUUGGGUAAUUUAGCUGUAAUUGACCAAUUAGUCUGAGAUUUCUUUCACGAACUCUCAUCCUCCUAUAGCUUGUGAGGGACCUGCCUUACACCUUAGAAAGAGAGUGUUCUGCCUCCCCUCCUCACAGCCUGCCUUCCCAGGAAACCAAAGCUUUCACGCAGCGCCGCUACAUAUGAGUAAACCCCCCCCCCCCCCCCCCCAAUCCCCCCGGCCAUCAUAAGUUUGCACUAAUCUAUCAUUCAGAGAAUCAGGAGUUUGAUUCCGUCUGAGACGUUCACCUGCUACUGACUUUAAAUGGAGGAAAAAUACUGUGUAUUUGUUGUAUGUGUAAAUACAGAACCGAGAGAAUUAAUGUCUCCAAGUGUACAAACCGAGGGAGGUAGUCUGUUCCGUUCUCCAAGCGUGUGAAUAGAAAAGUAUUGCCUUGCGCACGCACACACACACACACACACACACACACACACACACACACACACACACACACACACACACUUCUGCUUUCAGUAUGUGCCAUUGGUUUUCCCCAGCGUUACCUUUUAGAUACGCUUGUUUCAUAUAUGAGAUCGAUAUGAAAAAAGCUAUUUCAUAUGGUCUUUUUUUGUGCCUUUAAUAGUAAUAGGUUGUCUGCUAUGAAAAAGAAUCAACAGGAGGUUUUCGUCCUCCCAUUCAUGGCUGUUUUGCUUUUUUACCUUAGCUUAGCUCGGUUUGUAUCAUGCAGCAGUUUGUGCUAAAAAAGCCAUUCCUUACGAGUCUCAUUGCACUAUAGUGACCCUCACUCUUUCCUGCUGAGAUAGAAAAGAAAAAGGGGGGAAAAAAAUUGACCUCGAGGUCAAUUCAGGAAGACUAGAAAGGCCAGAAAAAAAAAAUACAAGCUGCAACUUUUUCCAGGCAGCACAAUCACCUGGGUGCAUUGGACCACUGAACUGGAAUGAGCCCUUCCAUUUUUGUGAAGAGAAAAGCAUGAUGUAAGACUGUCGUUUUCUUCUACUGACUACAAGUAACUACGAACGUUCGACAAAGCGUGAUUUCCUGCUAUUAGGAAAAGGCUGCUAAGACUUUUUGAUCUAAUUCACUACACUCAGCGUAGGUGACACAGAGUAUAAGGCAGCUGGAACUGAGAGUUUUCCAAAAACAAAAACACAUGCCUUUUUUUUUUUCUUCUUCUUUUUUUUUGUUUUUUUCCUUCUCAUGUAAAGCCUUGAAGCGAACAAGCAUAUACUCGUUAUGGUUUCAUUCACAAAUGAGGACAAAUGUGCUUCAGUGCUAACACGCACCACGUUUUAAGUCAUUAACUAUCCAUUCCUCUUACUAUUAAACAAACCUGAGUGUAUAUCAGUCACACGUGUACUGUUGUGAUAGCUAGAAAUGUGAUUUCUGUACUAGUAUAGUAUGCAGAUGACUCCAGUCAGUGCAUAAGAUACCCAUGUUUGACAGUAUAGGCCAAAAUGUACAGCAUGAAAGAAUGCAUAUCACUUCCUUUCAGUUUUUCACCCACUGUUUCUUUGUAGUGAGAUUUGCAUUUUGUUCUUUUUUUUUUUUUUAAUUUUGGGAAACAGCAAUCGGACAAUAUAAUGUUUAUGUUGUAGGUAGCACAGCUGACAGAUACUGUUGGUUUUGAAAAUAAGAUUAUAAUGCUAUAAGAGAUGAAGGGGUCAUUGAAUGAAAUCUUUUGUAUAUUGUGUAUACAGUCCCCACACUUUUUCUAAACCUUGGUUCUGAUGUCUUGUUUUCAACUGCAUUACAACCAUAUUUUCUUGACGCACAACAUUUAUUACAAUAUUUUACUUUUUACGGUUAGCUAAGAAAGUACUAGUGUUCUUUUUAAAUUAUAAGUAGAGGGGGGAAAAAAAGACUUUGAUAUGGUUAAAACAGCUUUUCAUAUCCAAACAUGCCUGUAUGGAGAUGACGAAUAGUUUGCAAUGAUUUCAAAAAACUACUCGGUAUGGGAACACUAGAGAUUAAUUAUGUACACAAGGUGCUGUUGUACAUUUCUGUCGAUCUUUUGAAUCUCAUUACCCUGCAUGUGAUGACGACGUGGAUUAGCAUGUAGUCGAUAGAGUCACAACAUGGCAUUCGUUGUCCAUGCAAGAAUCAUUUGGCUUAAAGUAGAUCGCAGCACUGUAAUAUUUCCACCUGUUAGUCAUUUUAUAUGAUCCGGUGUCAUUACAGCAUCCCAAUAUUUCACCCUCUAUACUAACACACAAAAAGCAGGCUUUUCAUAGAAAAUGAUCCUUGUUUUUCAUUAUGUCGCAGCAAAACAUUGUAAACAUGAUUACAUAAACAGUCUUACAUAGCAAGUACUGAGUAUUUUUGCUCUUCCUUUGCAUUGUGAAUUGUCAUUGCUAUAGUAGAAAGUUCUGGAUGGAAUAAGUAGAGAGUUUUUUGUUCCAGAACGGGUCUAGAUGAAGUGGGAGGUUAAUUCUAAGAUGUACAAAACUCACCAAGCGCUUUGCUCCUUCGGUGACGUGAGUGUGUGGGUGUACGUGUGUAUACAGAUAUAUAUUUCAAUGCAGCAUGGAAGUACUGGGCAUUCUUGGAACUUAGUCCUAGCACAGCGCAUUUGUAUUAUUUAAGAUAAAAAAAAAAAAUGUAUAAGAGGAAAAAUAUUUAAAUGGAAUAAAUAAUAUAUGAGUUUCA